AUGGGUAUACGAUUUAUUCUAUGUUUUAAUAAGCAAGGUGUUGUAAGGUUGGUACGGUGGUACACAGUAAUAGAUUCUGGGUAUGUAACACAAGAUUUUAUUGCUCAAAUAUAUAGACUAAUUAGUAGCAGAGACCAUAAACAUCAAAGUAACUUUGUUGAAUUUUCAGAUACUACUAAGUUGGUAUACAAAAGAUAUGCAGGGCUUUAUUUUGUUAUGGGUGUCGACAUAGAUGAUGAAGAACCAAUAUAUUUAUCACAUAUUCAUCUUUUUAUCGAGGUGUUGGAUAGUUUCUUUGGAAAUGUCUGUGAGUUGGAUAUUGUAUUUAAUUUUUACAAAGUUUAUAUGGUUUUAGAUGAGAUGUUCCUUGCUGGUGAAAUCCAAGAAGUUUCUAAAGAUGUAUUAAAUGAGAGAUUACAGAUUUUAGAUAGGUUACAAUAA